AUGUUAUUUGAUCAAAUUAAUAAAAAAUUAAAUUCAAUAUCAGAGGGAAAUAAUUUAUUAAAUAAUAAUAAUCAGGAAAAUUAUUUUAAGAAUUCAAUAUCACAAAAACAUUCACCACAAUUUCAUUCAACCUUUUUAAGUUUAAAUUUUAAUUUUUAA